AUGUCUUCCUCCAAAGCGAUUUCCCGGCUAGAUGUUGAAAAUCCAGCGCUAUCGUUCGAAAAUCUGGGUACACCUUCUAUAGGUGCAAAGAAAUCAUAUAGUUCCAACUCCCUGGAAAGCAUGUCUACAUCCAAAUUCAUUGCGUCCUCUGAAAAUCUGGAUUUAUGGAAAUCAUACCGCUCCCUACUAGCCAGAGGAGCCUCUGGUGCUACAGGCGCUAAUGAAGUGAAGUUGCCUGUGCCAGAUCCACUUGCUUGCCAGAGGGUGUACACUCCAAAAUAUGUUAAGUCUUAUUCUCCGGACUGGUUUGGGUUUGUAUCUCCAGGUAAUUAUGGGAGUAUGUUCACAGUGCCGGACCCAGAUUAUUUUCAUUUCGACAUUGAAUACAAAGUAGAUCCUUUUAUAGCCGACCUUAUUGCCAACUUCCCACCGCCCCUUAAGAAGUCUAGCAGCGAGUGCUGUGGGGACUCUCCUGAGCCCUGUCGUAUUUGCUACAAUACUCAUGGCUUCACCUGUCCUUUUUGUGUGGGUUACUCUUCCUUCGAUGUCGACAAGUGGGUUUGUAACAGAUGUGGCAGCAAGACAGCAGCGCUCGGACGAAAGUACUGUAUUAUUUGCCGCAGCUAUACAAAGCACUGCACCUAUGAAUGCCCUAAGGAUGAGGCUCUAGCUGCUCAACAUAAUCUUCUUCGGUACAAACCCAAGGCUGCCCCGUACGUACCAGAGUCUUCCCUGAAUGACUCUUGA